CCGGGAAGCUGCGCCGGCGCAGUGCUUGCCAACAGCAGCAGCAGCAGCUCCUAGUGUACACAGAGAGAUCCGGGAGCGCCUGAGGAAAACCUGCGCGUACACUGAAGGGAAGAGGAAGGAAAGGAGCUUAUUUGGCUCUUCCUAUUCGAAACCACUCCUCGCUGGACCAGAGAGAGUGAGACAUCUAUCCGAUAGAAGACUCAACUGGACUUUUCCCACAACAAGGUAAAAUGGCCUCCAACGACUCCCGGCUCCAGCAGCCGCCCACCCAGAAGGACGCAGCGGACCAGAACUUCGACUACAUGUUCAAGCUGCUGAUCAUCGGCAACAGCAGUGUGGGCAAGACGUCCUUCCUCUUCCGCUACGCGGACGACUCCUUCACCUCCGCCUUUGUCAGCACCGUUGGCAUCGACUUCAAGGUGAAGACGGUGUUCCGGAAUGACAAGAGGAUCAAACUGCAGAUCUGGGACACGGCAGGACAGGAGCGGUACCGGACCAUCACCACCGCAUACUACCGGGGCGCCAUGGGCUUCCUGCUCAUGUAUGACAUCACAAACCAGGAGUCAUUCAACGCUGUCCAAGACUGGGCGACGCAGAUCAAGACGUACUCGUGGGACAACGCCCAGGUGAUCAUGGUGGGGAACAAGUGUGACCUGGAGGACGACCGCAUCGUCCCCACGGAGGACAGCCAGCGCUUGGCCGAGGAGCUCGGGUUCCAGUUCUUCGAGGCGAGUGCUAAGGACCACAUCAACGUGAAGCAGGUGUUUGAACGGCUGGUGGACAUCAUCUGUGAGAAGAUGAGCGAGAGCUUGGAGGGGGACUCUGGGAUGCUGGGGAACCAGCGCAACAUGGCAAUGCAGGACGGCCCCCCGGACGGACAGGGGGGCUGCGCCUGCUGAACUGUUGAUCUGCACACACACCCCGGCCGCACUGCCCGACGCACACACAAAAACACAAGUACACAAACUCACUCUUUCUUCUGCCCAACCUCACACACAUCCAUAACAAGGCAUCCCAUAAUCAAUAAUACAUUGAGUUUUAUCCUUCUCGCUCGCUCUCUCCCUCCUUCUCUCUCUCUUCUCUCUCUCUCUCUCUCUCUCUCUCUCUCUCUCUCUCUCUCUCUCUCUCUCUCUCUCUCUCUCUCUCUCUCUCUCAAUCUCUUUCUCUUUGCUUUGACGUUUUCUCUCAAACUGUCAUUUCUUUUGUUAUCCUCUCUCAAACACACGCUGCCACGUGAACACACACGCACACAGCCAUCCCUAGCAUUGUGCUCUGUGGCCUUAACACACUAUCCAGUGCUGUCCAUCAUGAUGUUGUCAUCGUCUUUGCAGGAAACUCUUGCUCUGGUAGAGGAGUCUAAAGUUCACUGAAAAGACCCCCAUCCGAGAGACCUCAUUGUAGGACUAACACAGGUGUGGUAAUUAUGGGUCUGCUCCUUCUAUGAACAAAGUCAUGGGUAGAAGAGUAAGUAGACUGGACUAGUGAAGAUAAGUCUACGAGGUGCCCUGGUACAUAGCACAGUAGACAUAUAUACAUAGACACCGCAUUGGCAUUUGUGUCGUACUUUAACGUUGCUGCCAUAAUUGGGAGCCCAAGACUUGACUUUAAACGAGUAAAAGGGGAGCUAUGGUUUUCCUGGAUUAAAAGCACCUAUACAUUUCUCAACCGAUCUCAAUAAGUUGUUUUUAUUCAGGAACGCAGCAACAGCUCCAAGCAGUCAAUGCGGCGUCUGUGUAUGUAUUACUCAGCCCAAAAGUAGUAAACUCAUAAUUAGUUUUAUAAGCCACACUUGUGUUUGUCAUAUGGUGACGCCUCCAUGGAAAAAGGGUAUGUUACUACAAAUAACGUCCCCAACAACUGAACUCCAGAAGAUCAUUGACAAGACAUUUGAUUAGUAGAUCAGAAUCACCUUCUGAUCAGGUCCCUUAGAGCCAUGGCCAUCCCCUCUCCCUCCCUCCCAGACUGAACCGAACUACGCACUAACUAUACAUGCUGGUAGUAUGUUUUAGAAUACAAUCAAGUGCCCAAAUAUUAAAGUUGUAUUUAACUAAUGUAUUCAACCAAUCACAACCAGAGAGAAUGAGUGUUUAGAAUGACUAACACUUUUUUUUAAUUGUGUUUUAUCCUGUUGUUGCUGCCUUUUCCCCAAAUCAAUGAUCUUCAUCCUGAAAUUUGACAGGCUCUCUACGUCAAAAUGAAAUUUUAAAUCAUGGUUAUGGACUACACAUCCGUUUUGUACGGACUACUCUCCUUGUACUAAACGAUGCAUCCCCUUCUCAGAAAUUCUGCUCCAGGGCUUGUUGCUUAUCAGUAAGGUAAUGCCUUAAACCCAUCCUCACUGAACAUUGAAAGCUUUAUCAGAACCGAGAAGAUAAAUUCUGCUUUUGAUAAGAUUGAUUCAGCAUCUGAGCGAGACUGCACUAGACUGGUGACUGCUCCAGGAUGUGGAAUUGAUAAUUGUUGGGCCUUCUCCCAGCACGCCUUGAUAACCUUUCCCCCUGAUGUCCUCCGGCAUGUGCCUUGUCCCGCAUUACGCGUGUGCUGCAUGCGCCAUACACAGCCAUGGCCCGACACCGCUACGUUAGCAUACAAGCUAACCUGCAAAAUGACGCGCUUCGUUGGCAAAUAACUAAAGUUGUGUUUUCUUGUACCGUUUUCCGUCCAAACAUUCUGAAAGGGAACACACUGUGCUGUAGAAAUGUGACUACUAAAUAUUCGUACUACUGUAAGGGAGAAGGUUAAAGGUCAUCUGGAAACUUUAGGGUUUGUGUUGUACCUAAGUCAGGUUAAAAACAGGGCGUUGGUGCCUUACGAUGCACUUCAUCGUGCCUAUAAAGUAUUCACUUUAAUGCUGAGCAGAAGAUAUGUGCAGAGUGCAACUGUUUACCUUUUAUUUAGUGUUGAAUGUCCGGCAGUUUGCCAUUGUGCGUUUACUGUGCUAGGUCCUGUGCCUUUUUAAAUGGAGCAAUCAGGGGUGAUGAGGAUCGGUCAACAGCAAAUAACAAAAAACAGCAUCCGCUAGGCAAUGCUGAAGGCGAUGUUUGGUGUUUACGAUGAACCAAAAAAGUCCACCACCAAGAGAAGGGUUACUUUUUUCGAUUCCAACGUUACUGCCGUUGUAGCUGCCAAACGUUACGUUGCUUUGCCAAAUGCUGUCCAACACAGGUCAAAAAGGUGGACCAAGCUCGCCAUAAAGUGGUCACUCCCUUCUAUUGUGUAAGGUGUUUGGUCAGCCAGCCCAUCUGUCCACUGUUGAUUACUUGAGGGCUGUUCACUAGCAGUAGCGGGGAUGCUAUCAGAUCAUCUGCCCACUGUCCUUCGGAUCCAGGCUACACUGGAUGGGCCAGAUGGCCGAACUUGAUGCUACUAUAGAGAAAGAUGUUUCUGGAGUUGUCAGGUGAAACAUUCGCCAGAGGCAUGUCGUGUGUACCAUUGCGGAAGACGUUGGGCAGGGCUUUGUUAUAUCCUUUGUGGUUUUGUUCAGCAUUAUGUUUCAUUCCAGAUUAGUUCCUUUUUAAGAGAAACCGCAGUUGGUCACGUUUGGAGUUGCUGCUCCUUGGUUUUAGAUAAUGUUGUCAACCUUGUUAGGAAAAUAAUAUAGAAAUACACAUGGAAAUGAAAUUGGUCUGUAUGUAAAAAAUGAAUAAAGAAUCCUAUUCAUAAAAGCGAAA